AAAAAAAGCAAACAAUUUGGAUUUCUUUAUAAAAAAAUAAAAAUAAAUUUAAAAAAAUAAACAAAAAAUAAAUCUUCCCUACUUUAAUAAGUAUGUACGGCAGCGGCCGGUCAGUGGGUAAGAUGGACGGGGGCGGGAACAAUCAGAGCCCUGGCCGCUCCCCCAGGCUGCCGCGGUCUCCACGAUUGGGCCACCGACGGACCAAUAGCACGGGCGGGAGCUCGGGGAGUGGUGUGGGCGGAGGGAGCGGGAAGACGUUGUCCAUGGAGAACAUCCAAUCCCUGAACGCCGCAUAUGCCACCUCAGGCCCCAUGUACCUGAGCGACCACGAGAGCGUGGGGUCUGACCAGCCCAAAAGCACCAUGACGCUGGGCCGCUCCGGGGGCCGGCUGCCUUACGGGGUGCGCAUGACUGCUGUGGGGAGCAGCCCCAACAUCACGGCCACCAGCGGCCCUGGAGGACCUGCACACAGCGGGGUAGCCAGCGACACCAUCGCCUUUGGGGAACAUCACCUGCCGGCCGUCAGCAUGGCUUCCACAGUGCCCCACUCCCUGCGCCAGGCCCGGGACAACACCAUCAUGGACCUGCAGACCCAGCUGAAAGAGGUGCUGAGGGAGAACGAGCUGCUGCGCAAGGACGUAGAGGUGAAGGAGAGCAAGCUCAGCUCCUCUAUGAACAGCAUCAAGACCUUCUGGAGCCCCGAGCUGAAGAAGGAGCGUGCCCUGCGCAAGGACGAGGUCUCCAAGAUUACCAUCUGGAAGGAGCAGUUCAGAGUCAUGCAGGAGGAAGGCCAGCACCUGCAGAUGACGAUCCAGGCCCUGCAGGAUGAGCUGCGGAUCCAGAGAGACCUGAACCAGCUCUUCCAGCAGGACAGCUGCAGCCGCCCCAGCCAGCCCCUGGCCUCGGAGCUGACCGAGGAGAACUUCCAGCGGCUGUACUCCGAUUACGAGCGGCAGGCCAAGGAGCUCUUCCUGCUGCGCAAGACCUUGGAGGAGAUGGAGCUGCGUAUCGACACCCAGAAGCAAACGCUGGGCGCCCGUGACGAGUCCAUCAAGAAGCUGCUGGAAAUGCUGCAGAGUAAGGGGAUGUCGGCCAAGGCGAGCGAGGAGGACCACGAGCGUACACGUCGCCUGGCCGAGGCAGAGAUGCACGUCCACCACCUGGACAGCCUGCUGGACCAGAAGGAGAAGGAGAACAAUGCCCUCCGCGAGGAGCUCCAUCGUCGGUAUGAAGGGGCCCCUGAGUCUGCCAAGACCAAGGCUCUGCAAACCGUCAUUGAAAUGAAGGACACAAAGAUCGGCUCCCUGGAGCGUGAGCUUCUGAACCUGGAAGAGGAGGUGCACAUGCUCAAGUCAAACGGAGCCAUCAGCACUGAGGAGCGGGAGGAAGAAAUGAAGCAGAUGGAGGUCUAUCGCAGCCAUUCCAAGUUCAUGAAGAAUAAGGUAGAGCAGCUGAAGGAGGAGCUACACCAGAAUGAGGUCCAGAGGGAGGAGCUGAGAAAGCAGGCGGCUGGCCACCAGCUCGAGAUUGACCAGGUGAAGCAGGAUCUGUCUCGGAGGGACACGGAGCUGCUGGCCAUGCAGACCAAGCUGGAGACCCUGACCAACCAGUUCUCAGACAGCAAGCAGCACAUUGAGGUCCUGAAGGAGUCCCUGACUGCCAAGGAGCAGAGAUCAGCCAUUCUCCAGACAGAGGUGGACGCCUUGCGUCUGCGUCUUGAGGAGAAGGAGACGAUGCUGAACAAGAAGACUAAGCAGAUCCAGGAGAUGAACGAGGAGAAGGGCACACUCAACGGGGAGAUCCAUGACUUGAAGGACAUGCUGGAUGUGAAAGAGCGCAAAGUCAAUGUCCUGCAGAAGAAGAUCGAGAACUUGCAGGAGCAGCUCCGGGACAAGGAGAAGCAGAUGGCCAGCCUGAAGGAGCGGGUGAAGUCUCUACAGACCGACACCUCCAACACGGACACCGCUCUGACCACGCUGGAAGAGGCUCUGGCUGAGAAGGAACGCAUCAUCGAGAGGCUGAAGGAGCACAGGGACCGGGACGAGCGUGAGAAGACAGAGGAGAUCGACAGUAACAAGAAGGAGCUCAAAGAACUGAAGGAGAAGGUCAGCCAGCUGCAAGGAGACCUUUCCGACAAAGAGACUUCUCUUCUGGACCUGAAGGAGCGUGCCUCUUCCCUGGCUUCUUCUGGCCUCAAGAAGGACUCCAAGUUGAAGAGUCUGGAGAUGGCGCUGGAUCAGAAGAAAGAGGAAAUCCUCAAACUGGAAACACAACUUAAAAAGCACACUGAGCUCUUGUCAGGCCAUCCCUCCAAACUCGCCCUGGAGUCUGCGAUGGAGGCGCGGAUGAGCACAGAGCUGUCUGAUCGGAUCCAGGGCUUGGAGAGGGAGGUGGCACGGCACAGGGACGAGGCCAGCAAGGCACAGGCAGAGGUGGACCGCCUGCUGGAGAUCCUGCGGGAGAUGGAGAACGAGAAGAAUGACAAGGACAAGAAGAUCACUGAGCUGGAGAGCUUGGCUUCAAGGCAGAUGAAGGACCAAAGCAAGAAGGUGGCUAACCUGAAGCACAAGGAGCAGGUAGAGAAGAAGAAGAAUGCUCAGCUGAUGGAAGAGGCCCGCAAGAGGGAGGACAACAUCAGCGAGAGCUCCCAACAGCUGCAGGACUCCCUGCGUCAGAAGGACGAUCGUAUUGAGGAGCUGGAGGAGGCUCUGAGGGAGAGCGUGCAGAUCACUGCAGAGCGAGAGAUGGUGCUGGCCCAGGAGGAAUCGGGCCGUUCACACGCAGAGAAGCAGAUGGAGGAGCUGAUGGCUGCCAUGGAGAAGGUGAAGCAGGAGCUGGAAUCCAUGAAAGCAAAGCUGUCGUCCACGCAGCAGUCCCUGGCGGAGAAGGAAGCUCACCUGACCACCCUACGCACAGAGCGCAGGAAACACCUGGAGGAGGUCUUGGAGAUGAAGCAGGAGGCGCUGCUGGCAGCGAUCAGUGAGAAGGACGCCAACAUCGCACUGCUGGAGCUCUCCUCCUCCAAGAAGAAGAAGACGCAGGAUGAGGUCACCUCGCUCAAGAGGGAGAAGGACCGCCUGGUGCAGCAGCUCAAGCAGCAGACACAGAACCGGAUGAAACUGAUGGCUGAUAACUACGAAGACGACCACCUGAAAAGCUCUCAGCAUUCCGACCAGACCAACCACAAGACCUCCCCAGACCAGAUUAUACCCCCUCUUUUAGACCUCAACCAGAACCGCAGCAAACUGAAGCUGUACAUCGGACACCUGACUGCACUUUGCCAAGACCGGGACCCCCAGAUUCUCCAAGGGAUAGCCCCACCCACUUCAUAUCACCACGACGACCGAGCAGCUUGGGAGGAGGAGCUGCAGAAGAUGACCUUGGAGCAGCUUGAAGCCGAACUGGAGAAAUGCGAGAAGGAGAGUGCGGAACUGCAGGAAUACGCCAACACCGUCCUCCAACAGAUAGCCGAUCACUGCCCUGACAUCUUGGAACAAGUCGUCAACGCACUGGAGGAGUCGUCGUGACGGGAAGGAAGGAAGGGGACUCUCAUCUGAUCCCUUGCUCUACAAGAUCACUCAAGUCUCAGGUCCACUCUGAUGUCUCAGUCUGGUGUCUGUGUGUGGGGGAGAUCAAGGGACAGGUCUUAUUGCUACCCCAGUCACUUAACACAGUAAAAUCUGUUAUGUAAUACACCCUUUAUUUGGGACUGGAUAUCUGCCUCUCCGCCUCCAUCUCUGGUGGUUUUGCAGGCUUCAUUUUAUCUGUCAAGUCAGUGUUUUGUGAUUUGCAGUGUUUAUAGAAAGAAAGAAAAAAAAAAUAACAUACCAUAGUUUUACAAUUGCCCUUUAUUAGUACAAUGAUUUAUUCCCAUGUCACAGGAUAUAUACAGUGGUUUCUAUUGUUGAACCAAAAUAAUAAAUAAAUGAACAUAAAGAAGAAGAAAAAAACAUUUAGCAACUGCAAGCGCCUUGUCUGGUCUUUGACGACUGGGUGUGGAGGAAAGUAUUAUUUAAUGUAUUCAUGGAUUUGCCUGAUUACAAAACUGACUUAGUACUGAACAGCUAUGACCAAAAGUUUGGCAUCACCCUAUAGAAUUAACAAAUGUUGCCUCCUAAAAUCAAAUGAAACCUGC